AUGGAAACAUUAGCUGGAGUGUUAAAUGCUCUCAUAAAUACUACAAUAAACAAGGAUAACGAAGAAAACUUAAUGAAUGUUAAACUUAUUGCAGGAGUUUUGAAGUUCAGUUAUGCGAAGGAGUUUAAGAUACCAAGAAUGAGUCAUAGAGUACAACUUCUUUUGGGAGCAUACCAUAUGACAUUUCCUUUGAAAAGUGUUGACAAAACGAUUGAGAUGAAAUCUGUUCCAUACGUAUGUUAUGGUAAUUGUUUGUACAUUGAGUCAAAAAUAGCUAAUGUCACAGGUAUUUCAGGAGUUAAUAGUAAAGGUUCAGUAGAAUAUAAAUCCUUCUGUUAUGCAGUCAAUUCAAUGUUCAUUCCAAACGUUCCUGUCAUAGCAACUCAUUUAGGUAAAUGGGUUCGCAUUAGUCCUCAUAAUUUGAAAGACAUGCAAUUCAGACUUGUUGACUUUCAAGGAGAGCCUGUAGAACUGAAGGCACCAGUGCGAAUGACUGUUGAAGUUGACUUUUUAGAAAAUAUUAAAUGCAACAGCUUACAAGAGAACUCAGAGCUAAAAAUAUAA